AUGCUCACCGGUGGGUUUCCAGCUCCACCAGUCAAAUCGGAGGAGCCGUUCCCGCUGGGCCCUUUCCCCAGGCACAUCUGGAUCCACGACAACACCCCCCAGGACAGCCUGGACAAGGCCUGCCACAAGAUCUGGAAACGCGUCCAAGGCCUCUCGGAAGAGCUGCAGCCCGUGCUCUGGUCGGAGCCGUCGGAGACCCUUCGAAGAGACAACAGCAACUCCCAGCACAAAGACGGGUUGCUAGAUGAAACAGAGGGACUUGAAAGUAUAUACAGAGCAGUGAUUGGAAACAGAGAAAGGGAGAUGAAGUUACGAGCUCUCUGUGACGCUCAGCUUUCUGCUAAAUCCACCAUCACCAACCUCCUGUGUUCAGCGAAGUCGCACAAGAACUCCAAGGGGCUGGAGGACAGCAGCAUGCCAGGUGCUUGCAGCAUGGGGGACAGCAAGGCAGAGAUACCAGGUCUGCAGAAGCACACAGGCACUGCCAAGGGCCCAGACAAUCAGGCAAUGGCUGAAGAACCCAAGGCAGUGACCGACUUCAUGCAGAACAGCACGUUCAGCUCUGUGAAGAACAGCACACCUGCGUCAGCUCCACCGACAGCAGCAGAAAGUCAAGCUGCAGCACAGAAGCAGCAGCUCCCAGCAUUUGCCAAGACCUGCUCCAAAACCGAUUCCAGUGCAGUCACAAAGGCACUGCAGAACCCAGUAACUACAGCAACACCGGAUAAAAAAAUUGUUAAAUAUAGUGCCAAUACUUUUACUCCACGCUUUUCGACUACUACAACCACCACGGCAUUAAAUCAGCUGGUGUGGCCAAGUCUGAGCUUCCCUCCACUCCCCGUCUUUCCAAACCCCUCGAACUUUCCUCAGUUUCAGGGUCCAUAUCAGCGAGCACGGUUCCCUUAUCAGCAAGCUCUGCACCCUUCCUUUGGAUGUUAUUCGAGACAGGUAGCUCCAUAUAACCCACAGCACAUUUUCCAGUCACCUUACCCACCUCUGUUGAACUACAUCCCCGUUGUUCAGCCGGAUUUUCCGUACCAGCAGAGGACCCUGCCUAAACUACCCACCAACAUCCAGGAUCCGCCAACAGCAGGCGAUGGGACCCUGUAUCCAUUUUCUCCUUCCUACAGGUUUAGUUCUACAGCCGGCGGAGUCAUGAGGACCAACCCCAACUACUCUUCCAGUGGGAACUAUAUAAACUUUUAA